GAGAAAUGCUAUCAGUACUGGCCGGACCAGGGAUGCUGGACCUACGGAAACAUCCGCGUGUGCGUGGAGGACUGUGUGGUUCUGGUUGACUACACCAUCCGGAAGUUCUGCAUACAGUCGCAGCUCCCCGAUGGCUGCAAAGCCCCGCGGCUGGUCUCCCAGCUGCACUUCACCAGCUGGCCCGACUUUGGAGUGCCUUUCACCCCCAUCGGGAUGCUGAAGUUCCUGAAGAAAGUGAAGGCCCUCAACCCCGCCCAUGCUGGGCCCAUAGUGGUCCACUGCAGCGCCGGCGUGGGCCGGACAGGCACCUUCAUAGUGAUCGAUGCCAUGAUGGACAUGAUGCACGCCGAGCACAAGGUCGACGUCUUCGACUUCGUGUCGAGAAUCCGCAACCAGCGUCCUCAGAUGGUUCAAACAGAUAUGCAGUACACGUUCAUCUACCAAGCCUUACUGGAGUACUACCUCUACGGGGACACCGAGCUGGACGUGUCCUCUCUGGAAAACCACCUGCAGACGCUGCACGGCACCGCCACCCACUUUGACAAGAUCGGGCUGGAGGAGGAGUUCAGGAAACUGACAAAUGUCCGGAUCAUGAAGGAGGACAUGAGGACGGGCAACCUGCCGGCCAACAUGAAGAAGGCCAGAGUCAUCCAGAUCAUUCCGUAUGACUUCAAUCGGGUGAUCCUUUCCAUGAAAAGGGGUCAAGAAUACACAGACUACAUCAACGCCUCCUUUAUCGACGGCUACCGACAGAAGGACUAUUUCAUCGCCACCCAGGGGCCCCUGGCGCACACGGUGGAGGACUUCUGGCGGAUGGUCUGGGAGUGGAAGUGCCACACGGUCGUGAUGCUGACGGAGGUCCAGGAGCGAGAGCAGGAUAAAUGCUACCAGUAUUGGCCAACAGAGGGCUCAGUGACUCACGGCGAAAUAACAAUCGAAAUAAAAAGCGACACGCUUUCCGAAGCCAUCAGCAUACGGGACUUCCUGGUCACUUUCAAUCAGCCCCUGGCCCGCCAGGAGGAGCAGACCCGACUGGUGCGCCAGUUCCACUUCCACGGUUGGCCCGAGAUCGGGAUCCCGGCGGAGGGCAAAGGCAUGCUCGACCUCAUCGCGGCCGUGCAGAAGCAGCAGCAACAGACCGGCAACCACCCCAUCACUGUGCACUGCAGGUGGGCGCCCCCUGCAGGUGGGGCCGAGUCAGACCCUACGCCCGGUUAACUGCCCCCAACGGCGUCAUUGCUCUGGACUGUAGUUUUCACCUUCCCCGUACACAGAGGGCGUCACAGGGAUGCGGAAACGUCAUCUGCUGUACCUGCAGGAUGCAUUUGGGGGGAGGAGUCAGGGAACCCGCUCAAACACACGUUUCCGUAUGCCUUUUAAGUCCUCAAAAACCCCUCCAGGCACAGCUCUGACAGACCCACUUCCUGAGCCUCGCCUGCUGGCCUUCCUUUUGAAAGAUUGUUCUGGCUGAUGUGCCCGCCCCUCCCUGUCCUCUCCUCUGGGCUUGGGGAGCCAAGUCCGCACUGUAGCACACCCUCGAGGCAGGAAGGUUUUCUUGAGCCACUCGAGGAUGUCCAGGCUGGGAUGGCUGCCCAAGGCCUGCAGCCCCACCCCAGCCCCGCUCCCAAGGCAGGCACAAGGGAGGCCAAAGGAAACGUGGCUGGGGGUGCCCCUGGAGACAGUUGGGCACCCCACCAAGGUCCUUGAUUAGCAGCAUCACAAGUGUGGAAGGGUGAAUCUGGCCCAAUCUAAAGACAUGCCGGCUCACCCUCCUUCUGUGCUGACCCACUUCUGGUUAUGACAGAGCCCCUCCCCGUGC